GUGACAUCUCAAGUUCAUACACGCUGGUCCUGCAUAUUUAACUCUCAUGUUUUGAAAGUAUUUUCUCAGCUUUACACAUUAUUUUGAAUUGAAGUACAAUACAGAUGUAAUUGUGUUAACGUUGUUGAUAUUAAGAUAUAACUACUACAACAAUGACAACAGAAAUAAGUCUUAAAACAGUGGACAAUGCUUGUGAAACAGCAGAAGAAUUCACAAAGGUGUAUUAUAAACAACUCGAUAACCAUCGACAUUUAAUUUCAAAACUGUACCUGGAUACUGGAUUGCUAGUGUGGAAUGGAAAUGGAAUUACAGGCAGUGAAAAAAUACAGAAGUUUAUUAUGGACCUACCAGGAAGUACCCAUGUUCUCAAGACUUUGGACGCCCAGCCAAUAGCAGAAAGUUUAGUCGCAAAUAAAUUAACUUACCUCAUACAAGCUUGCGGCGAUGUGACAUAUCAAAAUGAUAAUGCUAGGAAGCAUUUUCAACAGACUUUCCUCAUAGUUGCUGUGGAUGGUAAAUGGAAAAUAGUUUCAGAGUGUUUCAGACUGCAAGUUCCACACAACAGUUGAUGUCAUUAAGUUGUGCUAUUAGCUAUUGAAUUUCAAUGUUUUAUGUUAGAUAAUAAAUAAAACAAUUCUUUUAUUCAUUUA